AUGGGCAGCAGCAGCAGCAGCAGCAGCAGCCGCCGCCGCCGCCGCCGUUCUCAGACGGUCCAGCGCCGAACUACAUUUCCCAUCAUGCUCCAUUUCCUCCCGCCCUCUUCCGGUCUCUGCGUUGCCCGGAGCGCGGCUACGCCGGAAGCCGUGAGCAGAGCCUGCGCAGCGCAUUCUUCACAACAUCGUUCUGCGGAGGCCGGCGGGAGCGUGUGCAUCAAGGGGUCCCUCAGCUGCUUGGCGGCCAUGGCGCUGAACAGGAACCAUUCCGAGGGGGGCGGCGUCAUUGUCAAUAACAGCGAAAGGUGAGCGGGUGCGGCGGCUGUGUGGACGGCACUUGGCCGCUUCUGUUCCCUUACUGCGUUGUGUGUGUAUAUAUAUGUAUGUGUGUGUGUGUACAGUGGUACCUCGGGUUACAUACUCUUCAGGUUACAUACGCUUCAGGUUACAGACUCCGCUAACCCAGAAAUAUUACCUCGGGUUAAGAACUUUGCUUCAAGAUGAGAACAGAAAUUGUGCUCCGGCGGCGCGGCAGCAGCAGGAGGCCCCAUUAGCUAAAGUGGUGCUUCAGGUUAAGAACAGUUUCAGGUUAAGAACGGACCUCCGGAACGAAUUAAGUACUUAACCCGAGGUACCACUGUGUAUGUAUGUAUGUAUGUAUAUGCCGUGUAUAGCGCUGCGUCUGAUGGGGGUCGCCCCGCCCAUGGGCGGGGCAGCAAAUGUUUACCUUCCCAUUUCCCUCGGCCCUUCCGUCUUUUCUUCCUUUCUCUGGAAAUAUUAAAGCCCUGAAUCCUGUUGGGGGAUUCGGCCAACGGCACCUUUACUGCUGCUCUCUAGAUUAAAGGAAAAAGUUUGCAACUGUUUCCCCAACCCUUUGGACGAGUGGGGUGGGGGGAGGACUAAUACAUAAACUAGGGCAGCGAGGGGUCCUUGGGAAGCUCGCUAACCCGAUGUGUUUUGUCUCUGCUCCAAAGCAUACCUGCUAGUUGGAGGUCUGCUACAGUGCCUGAGUACUGAGCUUCCACCCUUGACAAAAAUCUAUAAAUCAAUGGAGUCUAGGAUGGUGUUUUGAAAGCAUUUUUGCUCCCAGUGAUUUGUGGUGACUAUUUCUGUAAAUUGGUUUAGGGGAACCUCUAGAAAUUCUGUUGGACUUCAACUUCCAUUGUCCCUGACUGGGACUGCUGGGAGUUGGGAGUCUUGUCAACGUUGGGAGGGCCGUAGCAUCCUCAUCCUUGCUGUCAAUUAACCAUGCGUUAAGUGAAAUAAUAUUUCCUCUUGUCUAUUUUGAACACGCCACAACUUAAUCUCGCUGUCCUGAGCCGUUAGCAUUUUGAAGGAAGGAGAGACAACACUUUCCCCCCUCUAUUUUCACAAGUUCAUUAAUGUUCCUUCCGAGGUUUCGCAGUUGAGGGUUUGCAGUUGUUUCUCUCUAAGAUUCAGGUUCCCUUCUAAUUGGGAUUGAUUGCUAAACCACUCUGAGAAUUGUAGCUGUGUGAGAGGAAUAAAGGUCUCCUAACAACUUUCAGCAGCUUAACAAAUUACAGUUCCCAGGAUUUUUUGGAGGAAGUCAGGACUUUUUAAAGUGAUGUAGUGCUUUAAAUGCAUAGUGCUAAUGGGACCAAUGAAUAGUUGGUAUCCACAGCCAGGUAGUAGAUCCAGGAUGCUGGAGGGCAGGAACGCGAGAAUAUGCAGUUUCAUAAUAUUUGGUUGUUUAGAAAGUUGACAUUACCUGUGAGUUCAUGGGCAUCUAGCAGAAGGCGCUACCCUCUACCACUCUCACGUUUUUGUUCUGCCCUUUUGUAAUUAAGUGUCUUGGUUACUCCUCAUAUCGGAUUUCACAACUUUGUCAUGUCUGUAGAUAAGAUUUCACAGCCUUUGCUCAUCUUCUCCAGGCGUGGAAGUAAUUAAUGCUGAGCUCUAAUCUUCCACAGUAGGAAAUUAAAUUCCAAGGUUGCUGUUGCCUCUUGCUAGUACCAGUUUAUGUAAUGGGAAUACUGCAGAAGGAGCAAUCACACUUGGUGCUUCAUACACUUCUGCUGUAGGAGUGAAUCUAUUCUUUAGAAACCCCGAGGUUUAAAUUAUUAAGGCAUAGUAUAAAGGGAUUACAGCUACAAGUGAAGCUAGCAACUGGAAGGCUUACAGAUGCCAUCUUUGUACUGUACAGUAUUGCAGAUACAUUUUCAAGGAGGUGUUUUCCCCUAUCCUCUCCUCACUAUUAUUUUCCUUCCACCUCCUGCUGCUCCCUGUAUUUGUAGCAAAAUGCUGUGGGGCAGCAACUGCCUGGCACGGCACAAAUAUGGAUGAAGAGCAGCACUGCACCCUGGAGAUGGCAGCACACACACAUGGGUAUAUCAACGAUUUCCUCUGUGUAUGUUUUUCUUCCUGAAACAGUUGGCAGAGUUUGUUGCAGGGUAUAUAAAUGUGCUGCAGAUGGUGGUGGCCAAAGACAAUGGGGGGAAGGAACAGGAGCAUAUUUGCAGGAGCUGGUGAGAUGGUGAAAAUUCACCUGCAUAGAGCCCUAUUAUACGAUUUAUUAAGUGAACAUUGCAGAGCAGUUUAUACACCAUCAUCAGUCUCACAGGUUCCUACAAUGUUAGAAAAUGCUAAUGAGAGUACCUCCCCUCUUUCAAACUAUAUAGUCAAAGUGUUUCCUAACAGUCAUGUAGAUGAGUAGGGGUCCGGUGGGACCUGAAGUGAUCUUUGUGUUCAUAUUGCAUAAACUGGAUACAGUGGUACCUCAGGUUAAGUACUUAAUUCGUUCCAGAGGUCUGUUCUUAACCUGAAACUGUUCUUAACCUGAAGCAUCACUUUAGCUAAUGGGACCACCUGCUGCUGCCAUGCCGCCGGAGCACAAUUUCUGUUCUCAUCCUGAAGCAAAGUUCUUAACCCGAGGUACUAUUUCUGGGUUAGCGGAGUCUGUAACCUGAAGCGUCUGUAACCUGAGGUACCACUGUACACUGAAAUGGCUCAUAAAAUCACCACCACCACAAAAAGCCAUGUGGAAUUCCCACACUGUAUGUAGGCCCUUCUUGAUAAGAUAUUGCUUGUUGGGACAUGUAAAAUAAGGCAUGAACAAAACGUUGCCAUUGCAAGUUGAGUAGUUCUGGCAGUGUCAUGGCCCUGUUCAGGAAUUUAGCCUGAUCACUGGAGAGCUAAAUAUGUAUAGAAUAAUGGAUGUGUGCUGACUCUGCCUCCCACAUUCUCUGCAUGCCAGGUGCACCCCCCACCCCGACUUUUUAGUGUAAAGGUUUGAAUGCAGUUCAGGUGAAUGCAGUUAGAAGCCUCUAUUAGAUCAGGAAUCCUGAUUGUACAGGAUUCCUGAUUGUGUGGAAGCUCUUAACCACAUUCAGCUGAACAUGGUUAGAUUCAUAUGGUUAUUUUUGGGGUGGAAGGGGGGUACAUCCGACGUGCUGAGUACAUUGGCUGUGGGGCCAGUACAUGUACCAACCAGCGAGGGCUCCUGUGCACACUUAGCCCUCCUGUGUUCAAUCUGAACAGCUGAAUAUGAGUCAAGGAUACCAGCUUUGCUGUUGCUAUGCCUCUUGUGCUAAUUAAAUUUUGCGUCAGUUUUGUGUUCACUCUCCUAUUUCUUUUUGUUCAACCCAACAGACAAUCAGCAUGUUUGUACAUGUGUUUAGUAACAUGGACACAUUGCAUAUGGGUUUCACUUGGUGAAUGAGGCUGGGUGAUGAUCUGAAAUUUGUCAAACCCCACGUUAUCUAACCUAUAGAGAAAUCAUUACUAAAGAGUGAAUCCGUGUACUAAACACCUCUUUUUGUGUGUGUAUAGCAUCUUGAUGACCUACGAUCACAUUGAAAUGACAUUCCAUGAUAUGGAACACAUGCCGGAUGCAUUCAAAGGGACCAAGAAAGGCAGUGUCUUCAUGACCCCAUAUCGAGUAAGUUGGCAAACAUGUAUUUGGUAUGUAAAAUUCUUAAUAUGAAGAGUGAAGAAUAUAGAAACAGACCACAUGAUUCUUCAGUGCUUGUUUUCCUCUGAAGCUCCAUGAUGAAUUGAUGUUUUGAAUCCCAGCUAGCCAUCUGAAAUAUCUUUACUUGUAAAGCCAAGCAUAUUGAUGCAAAGAAGUAGGAGGGUUGUAUGGAGAGGAGGAGAUAUGAUGGUUAUGAUGAUGGUGAUAAAUUCAAUUUCUUAUUUGCCCUUUUCCACAUGGUCCCAGGGAGGGGAGGGUGAGUGGCUCCUGUUACUUAGAAGUACCGUGAGAGGUGGAUUUUUCCAGGGCUACGCAUGUUCACGUAAUAAAUCCAUUAACCUUCUGGGGGGUGCUAUGAAAGUUUCUGGAAAGAGGUGAGCAACAAUGGCAGGUUGUGUGUGUUUCUGAAAUGCAUUGCUGCAUCGUAGUAUCAGUUGAAUGAAUGGCUAGGCUAUUGUUCUAAUGAAUACAUGACCUGUGAAAGUCUUCAUUUUGAAAGCCCACUUUAGUUUUUCAGAUUUUAGCUUCUAACAGUAAGAUGGCUUUUUAUUCUGAUGCUAAAUGUACCUUUUAAAGGAGAUGUAUUCUUUUUGCCUGCAGGUUAUCUUUGUGUCUAAAGGAAAAGAUGCAAUGCAGUCUUUCAUGAUGCCCUUUUAUUUGAUGAAAGAAUGUGAGAUUAAACAACCAGUUUUUGGAGCAAAUUACAUCAAGGGGGAAGUGAAAGCAGAGGCAGGAGGUGGGUAUCAUACCAAAGCCAUUGUGUUUGGUGAUGCAUUCAGUUUCUGACUUGAAUUAGAAAGUGAAGAACUAGCAAAGAAUUUGGAUUCUUAUGGACCACAUGACAGCUUUAUUACCAGCAACAAACUUCUCUGAAGAGCGUAAGAAUUGCAGUGCUGGAUCUGAUGAAACAGCAUUUAUUCCAGCAUUCAUCUCCACCACUGGCCUGUCAGAUGCUCCAGAAUCUGAUGAUUCUGCACCAGUUUAAACAUGGUGGUUUAUAUUUUUAGCUAUGGAUUUUUCUAAAUCUGUUUUUAAAACUUUGUGUGCUUGGGGAGCCACUAUAGUAUCUUCUGCUAGUAAAAUCCUUAAGAGUAGUCAUGCUUUGUGUCAAAAGAUACUGAAUAUGCAUGCAUCCUGAACCUUCUGUUAGCCCAGUGCAUUUUAUUGGAGGACCCCAAGUUGCAAUGUUAAGAGAGUGGAUAAUUGUAUGGGAGCACCCCCUCCCUUCGGCCUUCAGAACUUCCUGUAAAGAAUUCACUGAACCCACACAUUUCUUCCUGUCCUGUUCUCGUCAUUCUUUAUCCUAGUCCUUGCCAAAAAUAUUAGUUCUAUGAAAAACCAAAUAUUGCAUUUCUAGAAGUACAUGCCUUUUGACCAAACUGCGGGAGGCAGUGGAAGACAGGAGUGCCUGGCGUGCUCUGGUCCAUGGGGUCAUGAAGAGUCGGACACGACUAUACCACUAAACAACAACAACAUCAACAGAAGUACAUGCCAGAACUGCAGUAUUGAUUAUUUUAAUCUGUCCAGUUAGGUCUUUAGAGAGAGUUGGGAUUACCUUUGCAGAAAUGGUUUCUAACUUUACUUGCAAGCAGUUGAGCUCAACUAGGUAUGUCGGAAAAGUUCAAAAUUCAGUGUGUCAGAACUCUUUUUUGGUAACAAAACUGUAAGGAAAAUUUUGUCCCAUUCCUUCUCUACCUUUGUACUUCUAAUGAAGCAGGAUGUCACAGGAAAAAAUGAGCUCAUGCUCCACUUUGCAGAUAAUAAAACUAAAUCAGCCGAAUUAUUUUAUCUAUUUAGCAUCCUUAAAAGGCUCACAAUGAACAGCAGUCCAAGUCCCAGAGGAUUUAAGAAAGACAAUUGAGCUAUAACUUUAUCUUGGCUGUAGCCUUAUCUCUUUUGCUUAUGUAACUCUAUUUCUUCAUUUCAAACCUCAAACUUAAUUCACUAAAAAGCAAUUGAGCAGCAUUUGCUUCUGUACAGCAAGAGAGAGGCUUUUGACAAAAGUUAGAUUAGCAAUCUUCCAUCCCACUCUGACUUCUGUCAUUCUUAUAAUGUAUUAAAAGGCGGCAAUUCUAAAGACACUUCCCAAGAAUAGUUCCCUUUCAUGAACAUAUUGCCUCUACACAUACUUGUGCCUCAAGUUUAAUAGACACUUAGUCACAUGUAGUGUAUUGUCAGCAGUGGCCUGGAUGAUAUACUCUGUUUGUUUCUAAAAUGGGAAGUUCUGUUAUCAUUAAUUUUAUUUCUUUAAACCAAGGGAUCUUUUGUGAGCCUUAUGAUAUACUUCCCAUUUAAUUUCUUGUCAAAUGAUUGUAAUUCCAGACUGAUCUGUGGCUAGCUAGUGAGGGGAGUUGUAGAGACUUUUUAGCAAAUUGAAUUUGCCCUUGCUGACUCAGAAUAAAUCUAAGCUUGUUGAUAUUUAAGGUUGGCAGACAGAAUUUUGUUGUCCUUUGUUGUCCUUUAACCACAUUCUAAGGGAUGUGUUUCAAAUUCAUGUACCUUUCAGUCUUUUGACUCCACUCAGCUUGCAACCUUCUUAAGGACCUAAGAUAAGAUAAAAGCCAAGUUACGUUUUGCAUCCAGAAAAUUGCAACUCUACUUUUAUGAUAAAUUACAUAAAUCAGAGAUGGGUGGUUUUUGCUUUUAAACCAUUUUUAUUACCAGCAAAUUUCCAGCUUGAUAAAAACAAAUAUUACAAGUCAUUCUUUCAUAUACAAAAGAAUAUCAACUCUUCACAUCAGAGAAGUGCAUUACUUUGUCUCAAGGCAAAUUAAAGAGAAACAAAUCUUCAUGUUUGGAUACUGAAUAACACUUGCUUUAUAGAACAGCCUGAUAACAGAUAAAGUGGUACCUCUAGUUGCGAACGGGAUCCGCUCCGGAGGCCUGUUCACAAUCUGAAAAGAACGCAACUCGCGUCUGUGCACGCGCGGGUCACGAUUUGCCGCUUCUGUGCAUGCGCGUGAUAUCAUUUUGCACAUAUGCGAGUGGCAAAACCCGGAAGUAACCUGUUCCGGUACUUCCAGGUCGCCGCGGGACGCAACCUGAAAACGCUCAACCUGAAGCAAACGUAACGUGAGGUAUGACUGUACUCCCCUUCCAUUCUUACAGUUUAUUUUACCUUUUCCCUAGGAGGUUGGGAAGGAUCCACAACUUUCAAAAUGACGUUCUCCGCAGGAGGUGCCAUUGAAUUUGGACAGCGUAUGCUGCAAGUAGCAUCUCAAGGUACUCACUGUUUUUUGGUAAAAGAAGCCAGUUCUGCUAAAUAUAAUCUGAAUAUAUUUUGCUGAAAAGAAGGAGUGUGUGUGUGGGUGUGUGGGUGUUGGAGAGAAAGGCAGAGAGAGAGAAGAGAGAAAUUAAAAUAUAGCUGAGUGAUUUAAGCUAUUUGAGAAAUUCUAAGGGUUUGGGGUAAAAUUGAACUUUGACAGUACUUUGAUUGAAUGGCUUGCUUUGAAAGCUCCUCCUACUAGGAGAGAAAAUAACAGCUAUUGUAGCUACAGAAUCAGUAAAGUAAAAGCCAUAGUGAAAUAGAGGAUGAGAUGGUUGGACAGUGUUCUCGAAGCUACCAACAUGAGUUUGACCUAAUUGUGGGAGGCAGUGGAAGACAGGAGUGCCUGGUGUGCUCUGGCCCAUGGGGUCACGAAGAGUCGGACACGACUAAACAACAACAAAGUUGCAGCUUUUCAUUGACCCUAUUUGCAAAAAACAAAACCACUCUUGGUAUUCAGUAUCUCAAAGACACUCCAUUAUGUGUGGCACUAGGCAGGCACAAUAGAUGCUUUCACACCUGACCUAGCCCUUCAAACAGGAUUUCUCUCCUCCACCCUAGCUCAUUGCCAUUAAUGACCUGUUGUUCCUUAUACCCGCUGAUUAUCAAAGGACAGUCCAAAGUCCUUCCAACUCCCUAAUAUGCAUUGCUGCCUUUUUCCUCAACAUCUUUUUCAGUCAGCCGCUCCUGCUGCUUCCCAAUUCUUCCAAAUGGCUGAUAGUUAUGGGACCUGGGUCUCCUUCCAUGUCUCCUUCCUUGGCUUAUUUGCUCAGUAAAGCAUUUCUUCUUGUCAUCUUCAUCCCCACCUGAGGGGUGCAUGAACACUAGGCAUCAGGCCAGACAAUUUACAUUGCUGAAUAUUUCCUCUUUUCCUACUGCACCAGACUCCUCAUGCCAACUGUACAGCGCGUGCUCUGAACUCAUUAAGAUUUCAUGGUGGUGUUGUAAGAUAUGACAAGCCGUAUAUUUUAUUCCUCUCACCCACUGCAGAUUUCUUAACAUUAUAGUAGUGAGUUUCAAAUUUGUUGAAGUUCGUGCCCUAUGGUGUUUUUGGCUGAUGUGUUUUUGAAACGGACACUGAUCAUAAUUUCCUUUCCUUUGUUUUGCAGCCUCAAGGGGUGAGGUCCCCAAUGGAGCCUAUGGUUACUCAUACAUGCCGAAUGGGGGCUAUACCUUCCCACCACUUGCUGCCAAUGGGAUAUACCCUACUCCCUCGGGGUAUCCAUAUCCUCCACCACCUCCGGGUGAGUAUUGAAAGUGGGAGAGGGAAAAUCUAGUUAAAUUAAUAUUUUUAAAAAAUUGAAAAUGAGAGAAAAUAAUAGAGCUCCUUUGCUUUGUCGUGAUUUCUGGCUACUCCCUUGUUAAAUGUGGGCCACUUUUGUUUUGCUUGAAAGCACUUACUUUUAAUAACUACAGAGUUCCCACAGAAAACUCAGCCUAUUCCUAGUACUUUCCAUAAUGAUGAGUGUCUUCAGAUGCCAUGAGGUAGUUAUCAUGGCAUAAGGUAGUCAUCAUGCUGUGAAGUAACUUUGAACUUGGCAUUUUAUCUGCCAUAAGUUGCCAGGCACAAUACAGAAAAAUGGUUUGCUGGUGACAGGGUUGAAUCUGACAUGCUCUUCCUCUAAGAUUCCCUGUUUUUAAUAAUAUAGACAUUGUUUUAAAAUAUAUUGUAUCAGCCAGAAGGUAUAUGGUUUAGUGAUGCAUUACAAAACUCUCUCUGCAAACACUUUAUUCUUCCUUGGAGCAGAAUUGUAUCCUGGUCCCCCAAUGGAUGAAGCCAUGGGAUACAUGCAGCUUCCUCCCCCUCCCUAUCCAGGGCCCAUGGAACCGCCUGUCAGUGGUCCAGACCUUCCUUCGACUCCAGCAGGUAAGAGAGGUGCCAGGAUGGCUGCAUCACAUAUCCUCUGAACAGUGACAUAUCUGUAAAGGGCCUUCAAGCCUGGAUUCAGCAGGAUUCACUAGACUUUAAAGCAGCCUGAAUAAUGUUUAUUUAGCUUCUCCUUGCAAACUUCCUAAAAGGGGGGGGGGGUUGUGUUUUGGUGAGCAAAACUUUAAAGGGCAUCUUUCUAAAAAUGGUACAGUUGAGGUUUCAUGUUAAACACCAUGUUCUAACUCCAGAGCUAGCACAAUCUGUUUACAAAGAAAUGAUUGUUUCCUCGCUGCCAACUUUGCAAAUGCAAUUAAUGCAAUAAGGGAAAAUAGAGGUUUUCUUCUACAUUUUGGGUCAUCAGGAAAGGGAUAAAAACACAGCAGCUGCUCCAUCAGACAAGCCAGGCAAGGAUUGAACUUUGUUUACCAUAGCAACGACAUAGAAUAACAUGGAUAUAAUAACAGCACUAGCUUUGCUUAUUUGGUGUCACUGUGUAAUACAGAUUAAACAAGAACUACACACAGAGAGAGAAGGUUUUGUAGGAAUUUUUGAGGGCUAAAAAAGAUGCAGAUCUGUGUCACCACUGAAGAGUUGCAAAAUGGCAGAGCGCGCUUAGUUUACAGUGACAGGUGGGAGGCAGUUACUUAAACCUUUUAUUUCCCACUGUGUUCAUCCCUGUAAUCCUCCUUUCUCCCUUCUCCUCCACCAACACUUCCAUCUCCUGUCAAAUGCUUCAGAAUCCAGGCUGGGAAACAAGGUUGUUGGGGGAAGAAUUUAGCAUUGCACUUCUGGCCUGCCACUCCUCUACUUCAAAUUGCACCCUCCUUCUGCCACUUUGCAGCUGUUUGGCAAUGAUUCAACUUUCCAAACUGGAAUCUGUCGCAGAUUUCUCGUUUGGCUUUUAGGACAGAACUGCUGUUAUACAAUCACAGAUCUUGCAGCAGAUUCUUACAGUGGGUCUGAGUUUGAUGCUUGGCGAUCGGUUAUUUACCAAAAAAAAAAGCAGUUUACAAAAAGAACCAAACAAUUGGAUGAUAAGUUAGAGCAGUUAAAAACAAAUAUUUAAAACAUCAACAAAUAAAAAUCAAUGAAUGGCAAACUAAAAACAGAUUAAACAAGCACCAGCAUUCUAUAUAGAUGGCUAGGCUUAUCUAAACAAAAAAUGUAUUUAUCAGGCACUGAAAAGAGGAAGUGAAGGUGCCUGACGUCAGUAGGCAGGGAGCCUCACCUGAGAUGCUGCAAUUGCAAAUGCUGAUCCUACCUAACUCAUGAUGUUUUUCUUCCAGCUGAAGCGAAGGCUGCAGAAGCUGCUGCAAGUGCUUAUUACAACCCAGGCAACCCACACAACGUCUACAUGCCAAUGGUAUGCUUUGCACCUGCAUGUCAUUGCAGUCUUAGAAAGGAAGGGAAGAUUGGGCACAAAGUAUUCCAUCUUGCUCUUGGCAUCUCUUCCAGCCAUAUUGUACUGUUAGUAAAUAAGACAAAUUAAUGUGGGUGCAGCAGUCAAAGAGCAGGAGAGGGUGAGGGAUGCAUUGAGGAUUUUGUGAAAUAGAUCCUGGUGGCAAAAAAAGAGCAGGACUUGUUUCCCACCGUAGGGCAGCCUUCUCUGAUGUGGUUCCCUCCAGCAGUUUUGGACGACAACUCGCAUCACCCUUGACCAAUAACUAUUAAUCCUGGCUGGGGCUGAUACAGUACUCCAGCAUCACCUGGAAGGUGCUAGGUUGGCAAAGGUUCUUUAGUUCAAUACAAGAACUGUCCGUGUAAAUUCAAGAAGACAUUUCAUAUAUUCUCAUAGCUCAUUAAUCACUUGAAUAGUACUCUUGAUGCAAAAAGCACUUUGCAGUCUUCAUAGCACUCCUUAGUGAAUUUAUUGUAGAGCAGAGGUUGUUUUGGAGUUUGCAAGCUUAGCAAUAUGUAUUUACCUCAGGACUGGGAAACUUGGGGGGGGGGGCACGUGCCAGUGGUGAAUGGAGCUACAGCCAAAAGCGAGUACCAGGGGAGAGACAGAUUGCUGUUGCCAGAAGACUGACCUGAUUGCUUACAGGGGGCUCCCCACUCUUCCUUCUUUUGUGCAGUCUGUUUCAGCUCCACCCCCUGCAUCCUAAUAAAAUUUGGCCACAUACAGCCCUCAGGCCACAGGUUCACCAACCUUGAUUUACAUAUUUGAGUGCUCUGAAGUAGUAAAUUGGAUUGCUCCUUCACGGUUGGCAUUGUUUACGAGGUAAUGAACUGAAGUUAAUUCACACAAUCUCUCUCCCUUUCUCUCAUUUUAGGACCAGCCUCCUCCUCCUCCUUACUUUCCUCCAGAGGACAAGAAAACCCAGUAAACAGCCACCAUACACUGCUUCAUUUUUGCCACUUGGCUAAAUGUUGAUUAGGGAUAUGACAAUGGUAAGGACCAUUUAACCUCCCUCUCGUACACGUAACUCCCACAAACAGCAGUGGUAGAUACGUGCGGCAUUAGAAAAGAGAUCUAACAUUUUCCUGGAUUGUUACAUAUAGAACUAAAAAUAUAUUGUUUUCUUUUGUAUGGUUCUUUCUCCAUGUUGAUGAUAUAAUGGAGAAAGAGUUUUGUUCUUCCUCUCCCAUCCCAUCUUUCAACUGUCCUGGAGAAUGUUCCUUCCUGAACAAAGACCACUUAAACUGAAAACUUAACCAACAGCUAUUGAAUUAGAUAGGUGUUGACACUCUGACUGUGUUGACCAGCUCUUUCGUGGUGACGCUUCGGAAGAAAAUCAACUUUGUGAUCUACUAGACAAUCCUUAGUUGCAUGAACCCCCGCUAUGUUGCGACCAAGGAAGUGCACUGAUCUCUUGACAAGAUCAUCUGGUUCUAUUUGGACACUGGACUCUUCUGCCAUUUCUUCCGCAAGAUGCAUGUAUGGUGGAAUGUAUGCAUCGUCUUUUAAUUUUGAACAUUCCUGUUGAGUCACUUAUACAUCUUGGUCCUUUUCUUUCAUACAACAACAACAAAACAUUGGCUGCAAAGUUCUGGCAGUAAAACAUCAUACCUCUAUGGUAAACUUGGUAAUUUCUUUGACCAUGCGGUUUGAUCAGUUACCUAAACACUAAUUCCAUCUUAGCAGCUGAAAGCAUUUCUAGGGAAGAAGAUGGCUCGUAUUUUGAUCUAUUUAUUUAAUUAGUUUUGUUUGAUUUUAUUUAUUUGUUUUUUAUCCCUAGCAUUCUGAGCAUGCUAUAAUCUGAGGCAAAGCAAUUCCCCUUUGGUUGCUUAUGCUCAAAAUCCAUUAAUUCAACUCAAAGAGGUAGAGAAAGAUCACCUUCUGGACUGGGGAUAACUUAGAUGAUGUCUAAACUAACAGAAGGGGAAAUAAGAAAAGCCUCUUGGAGUUUUCUGCAUCUUCUGUUUCCUCUCUGAGGCAGAAUAUUAGCAAUUGGUUUUGAAUAGCAGUAGCCCUUUGAUGCACGGAGCAUAGCAGACUCCCAAAGAUCUCAGAAACCCAUUUACUGGAAUAUUUGGAAUUUGACAGAGCUGUAUGACCCAGCAUGUAUGUGUUACCAGAAAUCUGUUUCAUUAGCAUCACUUGUGACUUACACCAGACUAAAAUCAGAAUCUGAUUUGUACAAAAAUCUUCCCUCUUUCCCUGUAAUCUGUGACACAGAGGAAGUGCUUCAAAUCAUGGCUCUCUCAAAUGCUAACUAACUGAGCCCAUGCAGAAAACCUGGGGCAUCUGUUCACAAUUGCUUUAAUCAUGGGUAUCCGGCAGUGUUUGAGACCACCCUAGUUAACUCCAGCUUUGUGCACAUUGCGACACUGUUCCACUUAGCAAGGGAUGCCAACUGCUUCCUGUUGUCAUUGCUGCAGAGAUGUCCCAAGGAAAAACACAGGUAGUAUCUGUGGCCAAAAUUAUAGCAAAGUAGGAUGGCUUAACUGCAUGCCUCUGCAGUGCUUGAUUUGUGCUCCCCUGACUUAGCUGUCUGUUUCGUUUUGAAUAACAUUCCUGACCUUGUGAUUUAUCCCAGGGGGUGGAAGUGCAAACUUGUUUAGUCUUUAAAAUGUCCCUAUUUGCAUUUAUUGCAGUUACCGCACUAUGCUGCAAAAUUGAGUGACAGCCAAGUGGAUGAGAAUCUUGAGUUUCUGCAGGAAUCAAAUUUAGUUUGUGUGCUUUUUUGAAUAGUGGGAAAGGUGUCUCCUGCAGGAGCUCAAAAAACACCCUGUACUAAUGAAGCUUGCUGAGAUACUAGGUGUGUGAUGCCCCAGAUAGGCAAAGCCCAUUUCUGGAGUCCUUAGUUUGAAUUUUCAAAUGCUUUCUAGCUGACAAGUGAUGUUAAUGCGUGUGCACGCCCCCUUCCCAUCUAAUGCACUGACUUUUUUCUAGAAUUGCUAUUUAAACUGCAGUGAUGUAAAGAAAUGAUUAUUUAAAGAAUUGUAUUUUGGGGAAGUUCUAUCGAUACCUUAUGGAUGUGAAGUGGGUCUUCUGAAUGCAAGGCUGACUUUUUAUUUGCUCAAGACUGUGAAGUAAAGAUAACUUACAACAACUCUCUGUGGCUCAUUGUGACUGCAUAUUUGGGUGGGCAGCUGUUUUGCUGUGGUGAAAUUGCCUUCACAGGCUUUCAGAUGGAAGAGUCAUUUUACAAGUAAAGCCUGGGUUGCUUGUGCAGGGUGAUUCUCUUUCUGUGUCUUCCACUGAUUUCUGUCACAACUGAAACGGAGUUAGUUUAUUCCAUCAGACCUUGUUUAAAUAAAUUGCAUGGUUUUAGAUAUUCUUGCAGAAGCCAGCUAAAAAAGAAUUUGCAUAAAUGUAUUCACAACUCAAGUGGAACACAAUAAAGUGUAUGAUUUUUUCUGGAUUUGCUU